AUGGUAUCACUGUCCGCCUCCAUUGAGUGCCUGUGCCGGGGAAAUUUCGUGGUCGCGCUGCUGCUAGCCAAUGCAUCGGUGUCCUUCCCCAGCCUCGGCGACCACCACCGCCUCCCCUGCCACAGCAACGUCAAAUCCGAGUCUGCCCCCGCGUCCGCCACCUUCGUCUCGCAGCCGUGGUCUUCGCCGGCUACGAGGUUUACUACUAUGUCCGCUCCCACCGGGUCUGCGCAUCAGAGAUCAACAAGACUAGGAAAUCCAGAGAUGGAUUUUCCUACCGAUCAGCUGAUCGGCUCGGCGUUUAUUGCCUUUGGGCUCACAUUGUUCGUGUGUUUCUUCUACGUUGCCGUCGUGUCCAAGCUGCUUCCGCCACAUCAAAAUGGAUUCCUGGCCACCAUCCAAAACGACUGGUAUUACUGUCUGCUUGUGCCGUUGUCGCUUCCUGUAAUAAUCGUGGUUGUCUACCUGCACUGGCUCAGCAUGAAGAUGUUCAAGCACGCAUGAAGCAGUCAUGCAGCUUCCUUCCGGUUUCAGAAUCCUGGUCAAAAUCGAGGUUGGUUUGGUUUAGCUGAAAGUGUCAAGGCAAUAGCCAAUUUGCUUAUAUACAGCCUGCAUUUUUUU